AUGGCCACCGCCGAGUACAUUGUCAAGGUUCUCAACAAGUCCGAAGAGACGCGCAACUACUUGUUCUUCAACGAAAUCCCCGACCCGUCAGCCUCCGUGGGCAAGAUCUACAACAAUGUCUGGAUCCGCUCUCCGGGCGUGCCCUCCCCCAACGGCCGCGCCGAGUUCGACGUCAAGGUCGCCAACUUUGCCAUCUGCGGCACGACCCCGAAGCCCGUAGACUAUGGCGUGGUGGUCUCCACGAGCGACUAUGCCGCCGUGGAGCUGACCAGCAACACCAAGCCUGGCACUGCGCCCGUCAUGGCCAUUGUCAACGACGGUCCGCAGUUCGUUGCGCCCUUUGGGUCCACCAACAAGGACAACUCGUUUGGCAUCCAGACCAAGGCAUUCGACCCUAACCAGUACGACACGGCCUACUGCGGAUACGGCAAGCUCAAUGGGAAGGGCGACGUCGUCCCCGUGGCUGUUUGGCGAGCCAAGCCCAGCUUGAACUACGAUCUGACGCCCAAGGUCACGUACUACGUCGGAACCGGAGACUACGCCGCGGGCACUGCCGUCGACAUCACCUCGAUUGGUGUCGUCUCUACGAUCGACUUCACCACGGCCAAGCCGGGUCAAACCGUGGCCACCAUCACCCACAAUGUGGACGGGACGUACACGGACCCUGUGUUCAGUUACCCCACCAAGGCGAAGCCGUAUGCCUAA